AUGCCAGAUGGAAAUGUGACCUAUGUAAAGGACUUCUUCAUUGUUGGUUUUCCCGGACUGCACCCAAACUACUACGGCCUCAUAUCCACUAUUAUGUUUAUAGUUUAUAUGUGCACCUUGAUAGGAAAUGGACUUUUUCUUUUUUUGUUUGCAACCAACAAAUGUUUGCAUAAACCCGUGUAUUUUAUUUAUAUAAGUCUCGUAGUCAAUGAUGUUUUGUUCAGUACCAGCACCUUACCCAAGAUCAUAGCCAGGUAUUGGUUUCAGUCCGGUAGCAUUUCAUUUGGAGCUUGUUUUUUUCAGAUGUAUUUAGUGCAUUAUUUUGGAUCAGUGAGUUCUUUUAUUCUGGCACUAAUGGCCAUUGAUCGAUAUGUAGCAAUUUGUUUCCCACUGCAGUACCACACAAUGAUGUCAAAUGGAAAUGUCUUUAUUCUGAGUUUGGUUGCUUGGGUUGUGGCUCAUUCUGUUGUUAUAAUGCUGGUUGUCCGAGCCUCACCUUUGCCUUACUGUGGUUCUAAUAACAUUAUAAACUGUUAUUGUGAUCACAUAUCUAUUACACGACUUGCAUGCACUGACCGAGCUCCAUAUAGUUUCCCGGCUUUUGUGUAUGCUAUGGUUAUCCUGCUGGGAUCUCUCGCUAUAAUCAUGUACUCCUAUUUCUGCAUUGUUAAGACAGUUCUGAACAUUUCUACCACACAGGGCCGACUAAAGGCUUUCUCAACCUGUAGUGCUCAGCUUCUCAUAAUCGCCCUGUACUUUUUACCCAGGUGUUUUAAUUACUUGGCUGCCAAUGUUGGUAUCACAUUUAAUGCUGAUUUGCAAAUAGCCAUAAUCAUGUUGUACAGCCUGCUGCCUCCCAUGAUCAACCCCCUACUGUACAGUUUGAGGACAGAGGAAGUAAAGAAGAUCCUGAUCAGAAGAUUACAAAAGAACAAAGUUCCUAAUAGUAUUUUGAACAUGUAA